CCGCUUCUUCUUCUUAAUUCUUUUCCUUUUUGCUUCUUGUGGAUUUUUUUCCUAGGCUGCAAUCUGCCACUCGCUGUAAUCCAGCCAUGUCAGAGCCCCCGCCAACCCCGACUCUUCCCACCACUCAUCCGCUCAUCCUCGAACUCUCUUCCCUCCGCGCUCAACUUUCGCAGUACCAAUAUGCCUCCCACCAAACUGGUAUCCAGCUCCAAAGCGCUCGCCUCGAACUGGCCCUUGCAAAAGAGAGCGAACAAGGCCUUCUCAAGCGUAUAGACGGUCUACAGAAAGAGAUCGAUGUGCUUCGAGCGAACCCGGCCCCUCCACCUAUCCCGCCCACGUCGACUGCUCUUACAGAACUCUCGCUUGCCCACCGACGAUUAUCAUCCAAGCUAGACUUUGCAGAAUCGCAGUUGACAGAGAAUUCUCUACAGCUGGCACAGGCUCAGCAGGAGAUACAGAGGUUGAUGAAGGAUAGGGAAGGAGAUCGGGCUGUAAUCAAUGAGCUGCGGAGGGUAGAGGACGAGAGGGAGGAGGAAAUCGAGUGGGAGAGAAACGAGAGAAGGAAGGUCGAAGAGCAAAAAAAGCUUGUAGAUUUGGCGUUGCAAGAGUACAAAGAAUUGGUUCGUAAGCUGGACCCAAGCGCUGUACCACCUAUAAUACCCACAACGUCAACCUCUGCGUUCUUCACGCCGUCUCUGGUGAAACCCAAGACUGAAAAUGACUUUGAUCCUACUACGAGUAGCACUGCAUUGCCCUCCGCAGCCAGCGAAGCCUCUCCCUCCGAAACCAUAUCCAACCUCCUCAUAGGUCAGCGUGGUGUUCACCAGCUCUUCAAUGACUUCUCCACAACCCUUACUGCUAAAGACCGCCAAAUAGCUUCCCUUCAAACGCACCUCGAGUCAUUAGAUUCCUCUCUAACGUCCAUGAAAGACCAGCUUGCGGCAGAGACCCUGAAGAGGGUCGAAGCUGAAGAAGAAAGGAGUAAGGCGGAAAGGGAUGACAAGUCUGCUGCGAUGGUGGUUGAGCGAUACAUGACCUUUACUCAGAAGACGCAUGCUACAGUGCAUAUGCACUUGGAUAACUUGCGGACGAGGUCGAAUGCGACAAUCACAUCUCUGCGAGGGGAGCUUGCGGCGUACAAAACGAGACUGGCCGAUGAACGGGAAAGGUCUACCAAGCUUCGUAAUGCUUUGGAUGAGCUGUCAGAGGGAAUGUCAAGAGAAUCAGCCGGUCGAAGAAGAGAAGUCGCGCUGCGUCUUAGGAUGAUCGCUCAAGAGGAAAAGCGGGCCAGGAAAAUUGAAUCUUGGUUGGACCACGUGCGACGAAUGAGAGAAGGUGUUGAUGGAGCCGUGCUUGAGGCAGACAUCCUCGAAAGUCUGGUGGAUGAGGGGAUCGAAGCCGUCAGUGAAGGGGGCACUGAGGACGUGACACCAGAUAAGCAGAGAAGCUGGAGAGGGAUUGUCUCAUCUCUGGGCAAAACGAAGAAGAAAGAAACACAUGGUGUCAAGGUUGAAGAGCGGGACCCAGCAGAAGAAUCCCUUGCUCGGACCCUUCUGGCUGAAGAACUUGUCACAACACUUGUGCAAGAUUUGCAAGCAGAGACAGAGAAGAGAAUGGAUCUUGAAAGACAAAGAGUAGAGUGGUUAGCGAAAGAAGCUGUUGAGGGUGUGAAAGCCGAAGAGGAAGGUGACGGACAGAUCGUGUUCGAUUUGGAGGAUCAUACAAUUCCUGACAUAAGAACCUCUGAGAUAUCUGAGGAGAAGGUUGAAGAAGUGCCUGCCGAGCCUGAGGAAGAGUCAUCAGCCGAACAGCCGAUACAACAACCGUCACGUUUUGUAUCUGAGCUGCAUACUCUCUUCGAACCUUUAACGGUCCGCUACACACCCCUUCAGAAAACUCUUCACGACCUUUCCGUCUCCCUUGCUUCCUUACGGACCUCCAUGUCAACCUUUACUACUCUGACACCUGCCAUCAAACAUGGUAGCAAAAAAUCAACUUUCCUUCCUCUGGCACGAUUCCCUGCUCCUGGAUCACCUUUGUCGAGAGAAAUGUCUACCAGCGCUACUCUUUCAACUCUGCUCGAUGCUUUACACGAGGUCAUAGAAGAUGCCCGUGUAGACGUCGAAAUUGCCCUCACCGACACCGAGCGUGUGCAUAGAGGUUUUGAAGCCCUACUCAACGUCAUCCCCGGCCAGGGAAAAGACGGAGAGCAAGAGCAGGUGAUGGAAGAGGUAUAUGAGUAUGUAGCUGCAAAGGGUGAUGGCGAAGAAUGGAAGAGGUUGAACAGAAAGGUUGAAGAUAUUGAAGGCGAUUUGGCGGGUUUGAAGAAGGUCGUACAUGAAAUGGAAGGAAUGGAAGUCGCUCAAGUCGACGAAGAAGGAGAAGAUGACGAUAACAGAAAGGGAAAGAGGGGCAAAGACAAAGAAGACAACAACAUCUGGCAUGGUGUACAUCUCAAAACCAUCUCUCUCCAGCCUCGUCAUCCUUCACCACUACCGACACCUCUUGUAUCUCCUCUUGAUGACCUAACAACUCAUUUUUCCUUCACUCCGGAUGGAUCAUCUACACCGGACGGUGUCGAGCGCAAGAGACGGACUGCGAGCAUGUUAUCAAGCGUAGGGAAUGUGGGUCGUUCGUUUUCAGCGGGAGUCAUGGGCGCGCCCAGGAGAGUGAGUGGGUUAGCUAGCGGACUGUAUCGAGCACCCGGUAAGGAUAGGGAUGAGGGGUUAAAGGAAGAAUUAUUGAAGCGGACAGAUAAGAUUGAAGAGGAUGACGUUGAAUAAAGUAGUAAGAAGCGGCUAGAGAUAAACUUCACGAUAUUUAUGACAAAAUGCAUUAUAGAUCAUUACGAC